AUGAUGGCCACAACAAGAGCAAAUGAGAGGCAGGGAAGUGUUUCCCAACUCGGUAUCCCAACCAUUGACCUUAAAGGCAUCCAUAGCAACUCAGUUUUUCGAACUGAAAUCGUCGAGCAAAUUCGAGAUGCAUGUGAGAAAUGGGGUUUCUUUCAAGUUCAAAACGGAAUUCCUGUUGAAAUUUUGGAUGGGAUGCUGCAUGGAAUACGUGAGUUCCAUGAGCAGGAUAGUGAUCUUAAGAAACAGUUGUGUUCAAAGGAUGCUGGGAACAAGGAGCAGUAUAUGUCCAAUAAUCGCUUUUUCAAAUCUUCACAAGGAAACUCGAGGGAUACAUUUGUCUGCUAUAUGGCUCCUGAUCCAACCAAACCAGCAGACGAAUUACCCUCAGUGUGCAGAGAUAUAGUGAAUGAGUACUCAAAGUUAGUGAAGGAUUUGGGAUUUACUUUGUUUGAGUUGCUUUCUGAGGCUCUUGGGCUCAAUCCAAACCAACUUAAAGACGCGUACAUGGACUGUGCUGAGGGGCUUUCUAUUAUGGGUCACUAUUAUCCAUCAUGUCCUGAAACAAAAUUGACUAUGGGCACCAACAAGCACACUGAUGGAAGCUUCAUCACCGUACUCUUACAAGAUCAAGUGGGUGGCCUCCAAGUUUUAUAUGAGAAUCAAUGGCUUGAUGUUCCUCCCACGCAUGGAGCUCUUGUUGUCAACGUUGGAGAUCUUCUGCAGCUCAUCUCAAAUGACAAGUUUGUUAGUGUUAACCACAGAGUUCUAGCGCAGAGUGUGGGCCCAAGAGUUUCUGUGCCAACCUUCUUUAGGCCACAUGCAGAAAAUCCAAAAGUUUAUGGACCAAUCAAGGAGUUGUUGUCAGAAGAAAAUCCUCAAAUCUAUCGAGAAACUAGUGUUAAAGAUUAUCUGAAGUACUACCUCUCAGAACUCGUAAAAGGGAACUCGGCAUUAGAACAUUUCAAGCUAUGA